GUUGUGGUUCCCUUAAUUGAUCUUGAUUAAGGCCGCGCGCAGUCUUUCUUCUUUAUACUUCUUGAGAGGGAAACCCCCAUGUCUCGGUUCGCGGUUGCAGGAUGUCGUGAACCUUAGAGACACCCCCGAGACCUCGCUUUCGCGAUGGCGUCGAAAAGUAAGACCACGGCCCGGACCGCGUGGUCUUUUGACGAAUUUCGGACAUUUUUGGCUUUUGCCCUGAUAGGCUUAGCCAAUACAAUCUUACCAUCCUUCAUCCAUGCCUCAAACUAUCUCAUCAUCCCAUACCCCCGCCACAUCGUCAUCCUCAUCGAAGUCGCGCCGGUACUCCUCACUAAGCUUACUCUCCCGUUCAUCAUUCACCGCAUCCCAUGUCGGAUUCGACCGCUCCUCAUUGCGGUAGUAUGGGUCAUUCUCAAGCGGAUUGCAGAUGAUACGCCGCCGAACGUGCCUCCACCAAUUCGCAUUGCGACAACGGCGGUUGCAUCUACUGUAUCUGCGGUGAUGGAGGUGUCCUGUCUUGGAAUGAUCAGACACGCCGGGCUUCCGGGGCUAGCGGGGUGGGGCUUCGGCACCGGCGCGGGGAUGCUGGAGAACGCCGUGUGGCCGUUCCUCCUGACGUACGGUGCCGGAAAGCUUUUGCGAAGCGCUACCACGUAUGUCUACUAUGCUGUGGCUCUGCUUGUGGUGUCUCACUUUGUCAUACUGCCCUAUCGUCUCUCUCAGAGGGGUACGAGGAAUGAUGCGAAAGGCAAGCAACGUGAGGACGCCAUUGCCGAGGAAGGACAAUCCUUCUUGUGGCACGACGGGAACGUUGGUUUGAAUCACGAUCAAAGCAGGUUUGAGAUCCUCCGCAAUCUCGUCUGCUCAGAGAUGCUGCCUCUCUUUACGGCAUCCGCAGCCGCAUCUCUCUCACAAUACGGCCUCGCCAGGCCGCUCGAUGGAUCAGCAUUUGACACAUUCGCUCACUUCUACGCAACGUACGGCAUGGCUCUGCAGCUAGGCGUCUGGUUGGGGCGAUCUUCGCUCAGGCUUCUUCCGACGCGGAACCUCAAACUACAUCUGACGGCUCUAUGCGUCUGGUCGGCGGUUGCCUUCUUCAACGCCGUGUUCCUUGUCUCAACGAACCUCGCCUUUUUCUUAGUCUUCUUGAUUGGUUUGGCGGCCGGGUCUGUGUAUGUGAAUGUUUUGGCAAGGUUUAUCGGAGAAGGGAGGGAUACGGUUGUUCGGGAGGUUCGUCUUGGGCUUGUUACUGUUGGCGAUGCGGGAGGUGCGCUCGUUGGUGGCGUGAUGGGUGCCUUGCUCGAGACGGCAAUGUGUCGCUCGCUUGUCGAUGGCAGACGGUGGUGCCGUAGAGCCCGGUAG